GGAGCAGCGCCACGGAGGGACGGAGGCUGCGGGAGAUGCGCGCCGGGGCCCGUCCUCCGCUGACAUGCAGAUAUCCCUAUGAUCAGGGUUUCAUCGGAGACAAGAGGAGCAUGUUCUGAAAUUUAAGAGUUGACUCACAACUCAGUCAUGAGCCAUAAGUAUCAGGAGGAGGAAGCAGGCGAAGAGCACAAAGCGGCGCCAGGCGCUCCGAGGAGCAGGCAGCCCAACGGGACCACCGGGGAGGCUCCUGCGCGUCGGUCCUGGAGGCCCUGCCAGAUGCUCAAUCAGGACGGGGAGAUCAAUCCCCAUCAUCACCAUCAACACCAUCAUCAUCAUCAUCAUCAGCCUCACCACCACCAUCACCAUCCGCCUGCAGGUCGGGGACCCCCUCGCCACCGUCGGCGGCCUCCAUCAGGGCAAGGGCAGGGUCAGAGCCAGGCUCAGAGUCCCGGUGUGGCUCCAGCGACGGCGCCAUCCAGGUCCGACGGAGGCGAUAGUCACGAUGCAGAACCACGUCCCGUUCAGCAUCACCGGCCUGCCGUAACCCGCUACCGCCGUCACGGCGACCCAAACCCAAGACUCAGAAAUCACAGACAGCGGCAGCCAUUCAGAGAGGUCCAGGACUCUUCUCCCGGCGUGGACGAGCGAGGAGUUUCAGCAGAGGUACAGGCGCAGCAGGGCUUAUCAGCUGAUCCUGUAAUGGACAAAGUGCAGGCGAGCGAAUCCACUCAUCAGACCCCUGUUGCUACGGUCGCUCCCAUCCCACUUUCCACUGAUCCUGUUAGCCAGACUGUCCCCCCUCCCCCUCAGCCGCCCCCUCCUCCUCCUGCUGAGGUGGAGGAGGACCUUCAAGAGCAUAAAUCUGGAGGUGAAGAAGUAUCGGAGGAAGUCAAAGAAAACACUGCUGAAGAAGAAGAAGAAGUGUUGGAGCAAGAGGACUGCCAGGCAGUCGCAGGUCAGCAGAGCUGCAGCCCCGAUGAGAAGCCUGACGAACGUGCCGAGCAGGUGGAAGAGGAUCAGGAGGAAGUGACGGGCCAUGUCGACGAGGAUCCUGCAGGCCAGGGAAGUGAAAUCACAGAUCUCUGCUCUGACACGGAGAGUGCCGCCUCCCUCAGCAUGGACGGGCCACUCCACAGUCCGCCACCGCUCCAGUCACCAACUCCCCCGUCUUCCCCCGAUGUUCCGCCUUUUCCCCAGCUGGACCACUUCAGCGAGGACACCAGUAUGAGCCCCAUACCCGACAGCGAAACGCUACCAGAUGAGGACGAUGAGGAUUGUUCUGAAUCAUGCUCUCUGUCCCACUCCACUUCCUGCUCUGAAUCUUAUCCUAAAACCUAUGCAGAGUUUUAUACAGAAUCCCAUCAGAAGACUUACCAUGAGCCUGCCUACUCAGAGCCUAAAUCUCAUCCAAACUCUUUCCCCGAACCCCUCAAGACCUCGUACCCUGAGUUACUCAAGGAGCCUCGCAGGCGGAGGACUGAGCCCAACACGGUGCCACAGAUGUCCCGCCAGGAGCCCUAUACCAACCGGAGACAGGAGAAUGUACAAAAAGGGACCCGUAACCCCCCCACUGAGAACUCGCACCACGCUCCGAGACCAGGGAGGGACCGCGGUUUACGCCACUCCCCGCAGGACCGGUCUGUCGGCUGCCGCCUGCACCACUACGACGGCCAGUCCGACGGGGAGAGUGACAGCGACGAUCACAGCCCCGUUCCUAAAAUCCACAGGCACGCGUCCAAACCACAAGAAACCCAAGCCAAGACCUCGUCGUCCGGGCAGAGCAGUUCAGGGGAGACCCCGGAUGAGCGGGGGGAGGAGGGCACGAAAGCUUCAGGAGACGCCAUCAGCCUGGCCAUCAAAGACAUCAAGGAAGCGAUUGAAGGGGUGAAGACGAAGACGGUGCGCUCCCCAUACACACCCGACCAGCCCGUGGAGCCGAUCUGGGUGAUGAGGCAGGAAGUGAGCCCCACAGAGGAGUCGUACCCACUGCAGACCUCCACCGGCCACUCCUCUCCUCGCUCCCCCUCCCACUCGGCCGUGGAGUCUCCUUCCCGCUAUUCUCCGGUCAGUCCUCAGAGAGCCGAGUCAUCCAGGCCGCCCAAUCCCCAGCACUACCACCAACAGCAGCCGCAACACAACCAUCACCACCACCAACACCAACACCAACACCACCAACACCAACAGCAACAGCAAGGCCCCCAGCCGCAGCAGAGAGACGCGGCGAGGCCGCCGCAGACGUGUGCCCCGCCGCAGGCGUACAGCGGCCAGGCGCCGCCCCAUCAGCACCAGCGGUGCCAGCAUCAGCAGCAGGCUCCCGCUCCUCAGACGCGAGCGCAGGUUCAGCCGCAGUCUCCUCCGCAGAAACCCACCGUCCAGGAGAUCCGCAGAUCUCUUCCUCCCUUCCCCACAUUCGUGGACGUCCCUGGACCGUGCGACCCCGAGGAUCUGAUCGACGGCAUCAUCUUCGCCGCCACGUACCUGGGCUGCACCCACCUGCUGUCGGAGCGGACGCCCACCAAGAGCGCCCGCAUGCAGCAGGCGCAGGAAGCCAUGAGCCGCGUGCGGGCCGCUCAGAAACAGGCCAAGAACAGGAAGAAGAGUCCCGAUGGAGAGCCUCCAUCCACGGCCGAGGUGGAUCUCUUCAUGUCCACUCAGAGGAUCAAAGUCCUCAACGCAGACACUCAGGAGUCUUUAAUGGACCUGCCGCUGAGGACCAUCUCCUACAUCGCCGACAUCGGGAACAUGGUGGUGCUGAUGGCCCGGGGGAAGAUGGUGCGCUCCCGCAGCGCUCAGGAGAACCUGGAGCACACGGCGGAGCAGACCACCCUGGCCCACGACGACCGCCGGCUGUACAGGAUGAUCUGCCACGUCUUCGAGUCCGAGGACGCGCAGCUCAUCGCUCAGUCCAUCGGCCAGUCCUUCAGCGUGGCCUACCAGGAGUUCCUGCGGGCCAACGGCAUCGACCCGGAGGACCUGAGCCAGAGAGAGUACAGCGACCUGCUCAACACUCAGGACAUGUACAACGACGACCUCAUCCACUUCUCCAAGUCCGAGAACUGCAGAGACGUUUACAUCGAGAAGCAGAAAGGGGAGAUGCUGGGCGUGGUGAUCGUGGAGUCCGGCUGGGGAUCCAUCCUGCCCACCGUCAUCAUCGCCAGCAUGAUGCACGCCGGCCCCGCCGAGAAGUCCGGCCGCCUCAACAUCGGCGACCAGAUCAUGACGGUGAACGGGACCAGUCUGGUGGGCUUACCGCUCAGCACCUGCCAGAGCAUCAUCAAGGGCCUGAAGUCUCAGUCCAGGAUCAAGAUGAACAUCGUGCGCUGCCCCCCCGUCACCAUGGUGCUUAUCCGCAGGCCGGACCUCAGAUACCAGCUGGGCUUCAGCGUCCAGAACGGCAUCAUCUGCAGCCUGAUGCGGGGGGGCAUCGCCGAGCGGGGCGGCGUCCGGGUGGGCCACCGCAUCAUCGAGAUCAACAGCCAGAGCGUGGUGGCCACGCCCCACGAGAAGAUCGUCCAGAUCCUGUCCAACGCCAUGGGAGAGAUCCACAUGAAGACGAUGCCUGCGGCCAUGUACCGUCUGCUGACUGCGCAGGAGCAGCCCGUCUACAUCUGAACACACACACACACACACACACACACACACACACACACACACACACACACACACACACACACACACA